AUGUUUAAAACCAUAAAUAAAAUAAUUUUUUUUUUCAAAUGUUCAUACAGUUUGUUCAAAUUUAUUUUCUUUAAAGGUUUAAUAGGUAAAGAAUUGACCUACUAUCAACCUGAAAAAUCAAGUAAUAGAAAUAUUUCUACGUUAAACGAUGAAUUUGUGCUUAUUAAUCAAGCUGAUAAUUCAAUAGCGAUAGUACCUGACAAAAAUAAAUGCAAAGAGAAAAUUGAAAGUUUAAACGAAAGUCAAUUUGAACAAACGAAAAAUGAAAUGCAAUCGAUAAUAGAAACCAACAAACUUCCAAACGACGAUGUGCCAAUUAAAUUAAAAAAUAUUGAUAUUAUUACUGAAAAAAGUAUUUUUGAUUUGGAGUCGAAGGAUUGGGAAUUUUUGUAUGAUGAAGUGAUGAAAUACAUUACUAGCAGUCUUGAGAACACUGAAUUGUAA